AUGCAGAAGGACUGCUACAGUUUUGAAGGACCCAGUAAUUACCAUGGUCCCCGGGGUAAUAUUUGCUGGCCUGUGGCAUAUCAGCCGAAUCAGAUGCCGGCGUCUGGUGAUGUGACCUUCCCAAGAUGUAUUCCGGAACAGGAAGUGAGCUGGCCGGUAUCGGAAACAUGGAGACGCAACAAAGGACAGCCCCGAUGUGCAGGUCCUGGAACUUGCCAGGGAGACCAUCAGAUCUGUAACUACAAGUACCAAUAUGGCGUUGACGACGUCGGUCCUUGUCCGUCUGAACAGUCCUGCAAGAGCUCGUACUGCUGCGCCCCCUGCCCUCCAGUCUGCACGUACCCAUGCCCAGCUGUGCCAAGCUGUAACAGGCUAACCACGCGCUGUUUUGAUUGGCCACUACCACAGAGGGAGCGCUGCGCUGUCACCCAAUCCGGUUUUGAUCUGCGUCCACCCCGGGCCGCUCUAAACGUCCAAGAUGACCAACCCGAGCGCUGCCCGACCUGCAAGCGCAUAGUUGUUGACAUGGCCUGUGGGCCUCUGGGAUACAAUUAUUGA